GGGUGGAACUUCAUUAGAUCAUCACAAGAAAACUGGUUCCACAAAAAAGUCAUUCCUAGGCCAACAAUUUUAACACAGAGAAAAACGAUUACCGAGCUUCGAGGCUGAAUGUUAAAUUGUGGAAAUUAGUUUCUAAGACAGCAGGAAUGAGUGUGACGUCUUGGUUCCUGGUGAGCAGCUGUGGCUCUCGCCACCGACUCCCUAAAGAGAUGAUUUUUGUUGGACGAGAAGACUGUGAACUAAUGCUUCAGUCUCGCAGCGUAGACAAGCAGCAUGCAGUAAUCAACUAUGAUACAGCUACAGAUGAACACCGGGUAAAGGACCUUGGAAGUCUGAAUGGGACAUUUGUGAAUGAUGUAAGGAUUCCUGACCAGAUGUACAUAACACUAAAAGUAAAUGACACUGUUCGUUUUGGAUAUGAUUCCAACAUGUAUAUAUUGGAAAAAAGUACACACACAGUUCCUGAAGAGGCCCUAAAGCAUGAGAAAUAUACCAGCCAGUUUCAAAUACAUAUGAAAGCAGCAGAAGAUAAGAAGGUUGAACAGUCUGAUAUGGCUCUCAGCCAGUCAAGUACAAAACUGGAGUCACCCAGACCAAAUCUUGAAAAGGCCGAAAAGAAAGGAGCCACAGACAGUGCCACGUUUAGACCCACUCCUCUGUAUGGCCAACCAUCGUGGUGGGGUGAUGAUGACAUGGAUAACAAAGGAGAGAGAGAUGAACCCAAAAAACCAGGAGAACCCAGCAAUGAUAAUGCCAAGGAUAUGCCAAGAAGUGACCAGGAAAUUAAUGGAAAUAUUCCAGAUUAUAAAGACUUCGGAGAAAAAUCUGUCUAUUCAUUUCGAAGAGAGCCCAGCUACUUUGAAAUUCCAACAAAAGAAUUUCAACAGCCAUCCAAGUCUCCAGACUGCGAGGUUCAUGAAAUUCCAACAAAGGAUACAGAUACAAUACAGUCACCUCGAGUUCAGAGUCAUGCUUCUUUUACUAUUGAAUUUGAUGACUGUACCCCAGGCAAAAUGAAAAUAAAGGAUCAUGUGACCAAAUUUCCCUUGAGACAGAGAAAGAUUCAACAGGCAGAAAAAGUACAUGUACAAGGGGAUGUACUGUCAGCAGAGAAUAAAGUAGUUGACUGGCUAGUUCAGAAUGAUCCGAGCCUGAUGUUGAAAAGGCAGGCUCAAAGGGAUGUAUACAGCACCAAGAGUGAUCACCAGAUUCACAUAAAGACUCUUAAAGGUUGUAGACACGAAGAUGGUACACAAAGCGAUUCAGAGGAUCAAGUUGCAUCUAAGCAGCAGGAAAAAACAGACUCUACUUUGGAUUCACACCCAGGGCAAUUCCAGAUUUACAGUCAUGAAACCUCCAAACUAUGUCAGCUCCAGCAUGACCCACAAGAUAUGCCCAUGGGUCAACAAGCUUUUGUUAUAGAAUUCUUUGAUGAUCAUCCUCGUAAACGUAGAGCACAUUCUUUCACUCAAAAUGCAAAUGCAAUGCAUACUGAUUCCUACAUUGCUCUUAAAGCUAAAUUAGAAAAACGUAAAGGCGCUUCAGCAUGUGAAAAAAGUACAGCACAGCAGGCCCAACCUUCGGUGCAAGUGAACAAACCUACUACUAGUUCAUCCACUCCCCAAAGGUCUAAUUCACUAAAGAGAGAAAAGACUGAAGAACGAUUAAGCACCCCUGCUACUUCGAGCUCCAAAGGUUUACUUCGAAGUUUUGGGAGUGUGGGACGAAAGAGUAAGCUCAGCCAGGAGUUUGCUGCUGAACUGUUAAAAGAAACUACAAAAAGUAUUACUAAAGCAGAAAAAUCUCCAGACACACUGCCUGUGACAAUUGUACACGUGACAAUGGCACCCACUGUUGCAGAGGCACCACUACCACUAGUAUCGUCUCCAACAACUUCAGCAAAGCCAACCUCCAAACAGGGUGAUCAAGACAGCCUGAGUGAUACAGGUACAUACACCAUUGAAACAGAUACACAGGACAAAGAGGUUGAAGAAGCACGUAAAAUGAUAGACCAGGUAUUCGGUGUUUUUGAAUCACCAGACUUUUCUCGGAUUAACACUGAAAUUUAUAGGCCUGUGAUAAAUGAUGAAAGUUCUCCUACACUAAGGAAUGAACAUACUGUGUGUAACCAGAAUGCUAGCACUUUUUAUCAGCAAACACCUUCAUUACAGGCGUAUCACACAACUUCAGAUACAAUGGCACAGAUGCGUCCAGUAGGUCCUAUAUCCCAUGGAUCGCAAAAAUGGGUCUCUAGAUGGGCAAGCCUUGCCGAUGGCUAUAAUGGUGUUGGGCCAGUUAGUGGAUUGCAUGACCUUCAACAAGGGACUGGAGCUAUCAUUGAUAUUGGAAAUUAUGUUAAGAGUAUAGAAACUCUAGAUUCAGAUGCAGCAUCAACGACAAGCCAAUCAUCGCGAAAACGUCGGACGCUUCCACAGUUGCCAGCAAGUGAAAAGCUUGAUAGUCCAAAAUCAAAAGAUUUCCUUCAGCAGCGUUCUUUCCCCAGCACUGAAUCAAUAAAGAAGUUAGAAUUGGAAUUGCAUUCUUCUCCACAGAAUCAUGAAAAAUUGUGUAUACAUGAAGACAGAGAUUUGGACCCUGACAGUUUGAGUGAUAAAUCUGAUGAUUCUUCACAUGUUGUAAAAGGGAAGGGCAAAAAAUGUAGAGUUUCAAAGGUCACCAGAAGAUUACAUCAAGAGCAGAUUUGGAAUGAUCAUGACAGAUCUGAGGAUCGGCAAUGGGUAACAGAUACAAAUACACAAAAUACAACCAAGGAGUUUCUAGCUCUGAGUAGCACUAUAUGCUCCACAGAGUAUGAUCUGAAACCUACUUCCUAUAACACUACAAAAGAAAAAAAAGAGUUGGAAAGCCCUUCAAAACAAACUUUGGUAACUAAAGUAAUGCCAGCAAACUUUGAGCGAAAACCAAAAGAACAAGAGCUUGGCUCAAAAUCGGCAAUUGUUACAUCCUCCACAAGAUGGUCAUCUGCCCCAGAUACGAUCCAGCCUGUUAUAGGAAACAUUGAUGCAACCUACUCCAUGAGUAAAAUAGGCCAAGUAACUGAUAGCAGUUCCUCACAAGAAAGAAAGAAGACUCUUGCAAAAGAUUCUCGUACACCUGUUAUUAGACGAGAGAGUUUUACUAGGGACAGACCAAGUAUUGAGAAUGCAACCAAUAAAGUUCCUAAUAUUUCAAGCCAGCCACCCUUUAAGGAUCAGGCAAGAGGAUCCUACAGUAGAGAUUACACUGAGGAUACACACCUCAUUCUGAAAGAUACUGAAGCUGCAAUGGCAGCCUUAGCAGCCAAACUCCAGACUCAAGAUCAUCAAUUUGGUCAACAAGAAAGUAAUUCCUAUGCCCAUGGAGAUUCCUUCUCUGGCGAAUCAGAUAAUGACACAACAAGUUCUGUCAGCUUGAAAAGUAAAAAUGUCACAAGUUCUGCACGGAAACAGAGCAGCAUGAAUAGUGUACACAAAGGAAAAGCAACCCCAUCAGUUCAAGACCAACCUCAGCCAGCCAAUGCUCGGGAAAGGCUGACAGAGAAGCGCAGAGCCCAGCUUUCAGAUACAACCAGCAAACCAGACUACAACAGGCGCUUUCAGCUGAAACGCAGUACAGGUUCUCGUGGCUCCACAGACUUUACAGAUGAUGAGAGGUCCUCCAGCCUUCCAUAUUUACCAAUCACUGAUAUAGGCUCUUCUGAUCAGGAGCACUCUCAGACCAGUAAAUCUCUGUUACGUAAAAAGUUUUCUAGUUCUAUGCGUGCAAAAGAGGAUUUGAGCAAGGCAGCAAAAUCUUCUGUUCAAACAACACUGACCCGUUCAAACAGCCUUUCGACACCUAGGCCUACCAGAGCAUCUCUGCUGCGCCGAGCUCGCCUUGGAGAUGCAUCAGAUAAUGAAAGCGCUGAUGUGGAUAAGGCUUCAUUGGCUUCAGAAUUAUCCACGACCAGUUCAACUUCUUCAAAGCAGCCAACGGAUAAGAAAUUAUCACGGCUUGACCUGUUAGCUUUGCCGCGGAAACGAGCAGGGUCACUCACUGUAAACAGUGACACAGAAACUUCAGUGAUAAGAAGCAGUUUUAGUGCCAGAAGUAUUGAUGCAACUACUACCAGUCGAAAGUCAUCUAGUAUUGAUGCUAAAGCUACAUCUAGAAAAAGUACUGGAAGUUCCGUGAAGCAGACACCACGAGUCCGUGCUAGUGUUGCAAAAUCAUCAUCUAACUCAAGAUGGAGACAACAAACUUCAGAUUACACUUCUACUUCAGAGGAGGAGUAUAAUUCAAAUCACACCUCUCCUAAACACAACCGCUUACAUGCUUCAACAGCCACACACAGCAGUAGAGCCCAGUCUUCCAGUUCAGGAAGAACAAGACAAAAUGUGGAUGAUGAUGAAGAUCCGUAUGAAAACUGGACUACACACAGCGCAGAAAUUGCAAGACUCAGCCAAGAUUUAGCCAAAGAUUUGGCAAUCCUAGCGAGGGAGAUUCAUGAUGUGGCGGGAGAUGGAGAUUCUUUUAGUUCAUUACCAUCGUCGUCAACCCUUGGCUCCACAAUUUCGGCCAGGGAAGAGAUUCCAAAAUCAUCAUCACGGACAUCCCAUAAAUCACAGUUGGUGCAGCACAUUCCUGAAGCAAGUCUGAACUUCCAGAAGGUUCCCCCAGAAUCUUCAGGAAUUAAGAAAGAUUUGGAUCAAAAUAUGAAUGAUAGCAAAGAUCCAGAUUCAAAAAGAAGAAGCUGGAACAGAGAAGAGGUCAUGCUAGAUAACUUGAUGUGGAAUUCAGUAUCCCAGCUGUCACAGUUCAUACGAGAAAAUAUGGAGCAAACUGCAGCAAAGAUAAAAAUUCUGUUCCAAAACAAGGAGAGAAAUUGGGACGAAAUUGAGGCCAAAAUAAAUUCUGAAAAUGAAGUGCCAAUUCUCAAAACAUCAAAUAAGGAAAUAUCCUCAAUUUUUAAAGACUUGAGAAGAGUUCAGAAACAAUUAGAUGCAAUCAAUACAAUCAUAGAUCCUGAUGGAUCUCUGGAUGCUUUGACUGGUAAUCAAAUCUCGCCAAUUUCUGCUUCAGCAAUGAACAUGAAAGAAAGGACUGCUAAUACUGUGGUCUCCUCAAAGGAUUUGCCAAAAUCUUCAGCACAGUUAUUGAAUGAGUGUGCCCAUCCAAGCUCUAAACCAUCCCAGUUGUCUUCAGAUACGGACAGCAUUGACUCUGACUCUGAAUGCAAUACUCAAUAUACCAUGAUUGAGCCAAAAAUGGAAAAUAUAGUCACUAUGCUUUGAAAGAACUAUUUAUUUUUGGCCAUGAUUUGACCAAUGCGCAUUGUCAUAGUUGUUAUGUGAGGGUGAUUGUGAAAAAGUUGUAUAAAAUAAUGCUGUAAGUGACUGAUAUAUUGCACAAAAAAGCUUAGUGAAAAAAAUGGAAGUUAGCAAAGAAACUAUUAUUUAGUUAAGUUCCAUAACACUUUCUCAACAUCAGUUCAGCAUAGAGGCAAGGUAAAAUAUGUUUAAACUGAGAACAACAUUUCAGUUUUUGGCCAAGCUGUGCCAUUUGAAUACUAUAAUAAUAUGAUGCACUGAAGAAUAUACUAGUUGCACAGGUUGUAAUUUUGCAUGCCAGGUUUCAGCACAAACUUAACAAUUGAACAAUGGCUGCAUAUUUAGCAAGUUGUUGCAUUCUUAGUUUCUUGCUUUUUUAUAUCAAUGUUAUGACAGGGACAGCCUAAUAUUUAACUCAGUGCUGGUUUAAAUAUUGGUUAAAUAUUCUGGGAAGGAGAAAUUAGUCAUUUUCCUCUUAUCAAAACUUUACCUACUUAAGUAUUUAUGUAAUAGGUGACUAGUUGUAUUCAGGUCAUGUCUGUGGUAUUCUUUUGUCACAUCAGUAAGUACUAUGCAUGCUUAAGGUUUUUAUAACCCUUUAUGGUGAAUUGGCUUUAGUUUUGAGAAAUGAAAUCCAUCCACAUCUCUUCAAUGCCAUAACAAUUUUAAACCUUAUAAGCAAUUUUUCAACAUGAGAUGUAACCAGUUCAAACAAACAUGACUUAUUCAGCCAACCAACUCUAAAAGAGAGCAAAGUAGGCAAACUCCAACCAGAAACAGUGAUGCACAAAUAUAUAUCACAUUUUGAAAUGUCAAUGUGUGACUGACAAAACAGUACUAGCAAUUAUUUUCAAUUGUGUGUGAUUAAAAAUGUUUUAUUUUAAGCUUUUGUCCCACUAGCCUGCUUAAUUUAGUCCCCUUGUAUUCCAUUUUCCACAUGGCCCAUGAACUUCCCCAUUGCCGUUGCUGCUUGCACUAUGUUUGCAUAACUGGUAACUUGUUGCACAACAUGGCUUCUUUGCUAAUUUAUCUUGCCUAAGACCACAGGACUCUCUCCAACUCUUGGGAAGAGUUUGCCUAAAUGACAUUUGAAGUUUGGGGUAACAUCACAUGAAACUUUAGUUUAGAGCUAAUAUAAUGUUCCAAAGUAUCAUAUUUGGGAAGUAACAACUGAUAUCUAUCUUGGAAAAAAAUUAUUUUUUAAUUACGCUAUGGAAAUAUUUCCUUUAAUGGGCUGAAGUACACAAGUUUGUAUUAACAUUUGACAGUUGUGUUGGUGAACUUCAGGAAAUCAAUGUGCUACCUUAAAGCUGCUGAACUGUGCAAAGCAUAUUAAAAUGCCUUCUGUGUCAUUGUCUAAAGAAAAAGUGAAAAAAUGCAUUGGAUUUUUGUGCUGAAGAAAGCUACAAACAGUUAUAAUUGGUUACAAAUAUCUCAGGAUGUCCUUAAUGAUGCCUGGUAUUAAUAUAUUGUGUAAACAUCAGCAAAAAAAAAAACGAUGAUUGGAAUGACAAUUUGUACAUACAGUGAUACUUGUUAUAAUGACACUUAUUUCAAAUGCUUGGUUCUUAUAAAGAAUUGUCAUCAUUACAGAUCAACCCACCUGAGACAAUAGUAGAGCCAAAGAUCAAAUGAUAUGCUGUUAGCUUUGUGUCUGUAUCUUUUAAAUCAGUCUGCCUCACACAUCAGUUGAUUUAACAGUACUUCCAAAGGUUUAUGGAAUACUUCUUGCAGCAAUUAUGCAUCUUCAUAUACCAGUUUCUAGACAUAGCAACUGAGUAAAGAGUGCAAGACUACCUAUUGUAUAGAACAUAGAAAUAUGAACAUAUAUAUGGCAUCUGUGCACUGUAUAGAUUGUGCAUGUCUGUCAAUUUCUAUAUAUGUAUGCUGCAUAUAUGCUGUGUCAAGGCAACUUUGUGUAGUUACCAAGGCAUAGGAGCUGGUACUUGAGAGUAGGAACAAUUUGGUGGCAUGGAGGACAACAGAAAUUAGGAUCUAACAUUUUACAUAUGGACAGCAACUAUAUGUAUGAUGUGGAUUCUUCCCCACCUCUCCCCAGUGAGUAGCCUGUGUUCUGCACUUACUUUUUAUGUUGUUUGUAUUUUGGGAAUCUGUGAGGCAUGAGUGUACUAAAACAAGAAGCCAUUAUGUUGAGGGUGUUUCAUUAUAAGUGCUGGGUGAUGUUGCCUUCUAUCUUUUUCCAUUUUCCACUUUAUUUUAAAUAGUGACAACGUGGUGGAGUUGUAUUGUUCAAGCUUUGGUUCAUUUUUGAUUUUUAUGUGCAGCAAAUAUUUUAAUGCUUUCCUGUUAGAUUUAAAUAAAAACAAAAGUGUAGCCUUUUUGGCUUGAACCUGAUUUGACUUUGAACACUCACAGUAAACGCAUCGACUUUAUAAAUAGAUGAUUGUCAGCCGCUUUAAAUGAGAAGUUAAUAUUGCUACUAGUACCACAAGCCUAUUGAAGAAGUUUCUGAACAUAGUUAAUGUAUGUUGCUAAAGAAAAAGCAUCAUUUGCAAGUUCAUAAUUUAAAUUUUUGAGGACUUUGCUCUUUUAAUAGUUGACUGAUUACAAUUUUGCCAAGCAAUCUGGAUGAACUUGAGUGAGAAGCAGAUACUUGAAAUGAUUAGUUGAUUUUAAAGUCAGAUUGUAGUCUGCUUACACUAGAUUUUCACAUGCAGGAAAAUGUAAUUCCUUCACUAUUACUGUACUCUGUUCAUAAGUGGUGUCCUGUGCUGAAUUGUUGAAGCACUUGUUGCUAGCCUGCUAGCUGAUGCUGUUUCUUUUCUUUUAGUGGCUCAUUUAUUAUUUUGCUUGUAACAAACUGUAUUUACAUGAUAUAUACAAAGCAUACAGCUUUUUUUAUUUCCAGCUGGAAUGUGCCAGUUUUUUGUACUAUAGUAUUUCUGUACACUGUCCAGCUUUCAAUUUGAUGUAUAUUUCACUUUUUGCACAAUUAUAUAUAGCUGAAUAUAAUGAGCUUUCUUCCAUUUUUGGCUGGUUUCAAAGUUGUAAUUUAUUUUGUUGCCUUAUAAUGAAUGACAUGUAAAUUUUGUUAGGAUGAAAGUACUUCUGAUUUUUAAAUUGUUUUGCACAUCACAGUAUAAUUUUGAAUUACUAUUUAAUUUUUCCAUGGAAGUUGAUUAUAAUAAACCAUUCUUCAUAGCAGUGAAA